UGCGUGGCCCAUCUGGGUGGGCGUUCGGAGGGUUUGGAUGCCGAGCGGGAGCGACUGAUGGUGCAGAGACUAAAGGAGAGAUGUGAAGAUCAGGCCCGGCAGCUGAUCAGAUUGCAGGAUGAGCUCAAAAAGUCCUUACAAUGCCUGGAUGUGUUCAGCAUCACCACCCAACACUUCUGCCACAAGAGCGAGAGUGCUGCUGUGAAGGAGAGGGAAUUAUCCCUGCAGUUGGCCAGGAUUAGGGAUGAAGUGGUGGUCAGUGUUCAGCGGUGGGAGCGUCUGCAGGGUGAGAAGGCCCACCUGGAGCAGAGUUUCGAGCGGAAGCUGAAAGAACUCCAAGAGGAGCAACAGCAGGAGCUCAAGGCCCUACAGGCGAGACUGGUGGAGGAGCACAGCUCUGAGAAACAGAGACUCCAACAGCAGCAGAACAGUCACCUGGUGCAGCUGCGAUCUCAGCACCAGGAGCAGAUCGAGAAGAUGAGCGAAAACCAUGAGACGGCUAUGAUUGAGAUGGAAGCAACUCAUAGCGCCACGCUGGCCACUUUACAAGAGGAACACACCAGAACCAUUAAGAACUUGAAGAUGGCACAUGAGCAGCAAAAGAAGUCAAUGGACGAGGAAUUUGAGAAACUCAGACUCUCACUGCAGGAUCAGGUGGACACGCUGACAUUUCAGAACCGAACUCUGCGAGACCGCGCCAAACGCUUUGAAGAAGCACUGCGCAGAAGCACAGAUGAGCAGAUAGUGGAUGCUCUUGCACCAUAUCAGCAUAUAGAGGAGGAUCUGAAGAGUCUUAAAGAGGUCCUGGAGAUGAAGAACCAGCAGAUUCAUCAACAGGAGCUCAAAAUUUCAGAGCUGGAAAAAAUGGCUCAAAAGAAUGUUCUAUUGGAAGAGCGUAUUCAGGUGUUACAACAACAGAACGAAGACCUAAAGGACAGGAUUGACCGAAAUCUCGCCACGUCCAGGCAACUGUCGGAAGAAAAUGCCAACCUGCAGGUGCACGUUGAGAAAGAGAGCAAUGAGAAGAAGCGUCUGAGUCGCACCAAUGAAGAGCUUAUGUGGCGUCUCCAAACGGGCGAGUUAAGCCCUCGAAUGUCUCCCACCCAAUCACCCCUCCAUCGACCAGCCUCUAGUCCCGGUUCACCCUCCCGACCGCAGUCCUUCCCUAGAUGAGUGCCCAAUUCUCCACCGUCUUUUUUAGUGCGGUAUUUCACUUUAGAGACAGUGGUUAUAACAUUUAUCAUUCUCCAAUGUCAUACC